AUGGCUACUCUCGAUCCUGGGGCCAACAUCUACAAUACGUCAGUUGUGCCGCCGCCAAUCGGCCAGGAGUCCAAUUUUGACAGACCUCUCUCGGACGUGCAACUCGCGACAAUCACGGUCUUUGCAGUCACGUACUUCCUCGCCACGGUCUCCCUCGCUCUUCGAUAUGCCACAAGCGUACUGGUCGUCAAGGAAUGGGAACUUGAUGUCGUUCUCAUCACGCUUGCAUGGGGCGCCGCGCUGGGAUACUUUACCUCUGUUUGCUUCAUGAUGAAGUACGGAUGGGGCUCGCAUGCUUGGGAUGUCUCUCUCGCAGAUAUGGUUCAGUAUAACAAGUACUUGCGAAGCUCUCGAUCCUGGCCUUGCAAUCCGAAGGAUGUUGGGUCGGGAGUCUGCUUAAACAAUCUCGCCAUCUCCCAAGUCGUCUUGAACAUUGCGACUGAUUUGUCCAUCAUCAUUUUACCGCUUCCCACGUUACAUAAUCUUAAAAUACCAUUUCGACAAAAAGUUGUUGUGGGCUGUAUUCUGUCCAUUGGUUCUGCUGUCCUAAUCGCGUCCAUCGUCCGAGCUCCUUACGUCCACAUCAUGGCCACAAAUCCCGACUUCACCCGGAAACAAGCCGAGGCUGGUGUAUGGUCCUUGGUCGAACCCAACAUGGGCAUUGUAUGCAACAACCUGAUGCGCCUGAAGCCGUUUCUCAGAACAUACCUUCCCAGAGUCUUGACUUUUCUCGGUCUCACAGCCAAGUCUAAGCAUCAAGGAGACAGUCCAUCCAAGUCCAGCGGGAACUGGAGGGCCAGACCCUCGCACAGCUAUCAACUGAAUAGUCUAGAGCAUGAGGAUCCUCAUCAUAAGAGGUUUAGAAAGGAGCCGUCAGUGGAGGAGGCUGCUUUUGGUGACUUGGAUAAAGAAGCUUCACGUCAUAAUGGGAGCACUGAUGAUAUACUUAGAUCAUAA